GGACUGCUGACCUUCAGGGAUGUGGCCAUAGAAUUCUCUCAGGAGGAGUGGGGACGCCUGAACCACAGUCAGCGGGAACUGUACAGGGACGUGAUGUUAGAGAACUAUGGACACCUCCUCUUCUUGGGUUUUGUUGUGUCAAAGCCGGACCUGGUCAUCUUUUUGGAACAAAAGAGGGAGCAAUCGGAUGUGAAGAGAAAGGAGACAGUAGGCUCCUACCCAGCUGUGUCUUCAAAUGGCCCUCAGAGCCUCCUUCCAAAGAUGUGCAUAGAAACUGCUUUCCAAAGAGUGUCAGUGGGUAGAUGUAAAGACAGCGUCAUUGAGAAUGGACUCUUAGUGAUAGAUGGGAACAGUGCUGGGGAGAGAGAAGGGCACCAAAGAUCUCAUGAAGCACCUAUGCAAAUGGAGACAACUGCCCAUUAUAAGAGUCUCACUGCCCCAAUUGGUGAAGGAUCUAAAGCAUUUUGGGGAAUGCCCAUUUCAAAGUCCAUUACUUCGGCAAAGCAGUGUGUUUCUAUAGGCAAAGGCUCAAAUCAAGUGGUGAAACACACAUAUUUGCAGAACAAAAAUUUGGAAAAUCUGGGAAGUGACCUUGUCCAUCCUGAAAACACACAUUUGUACCAUUUUGACAAUAGGAUUUCAUUGACCUCUCAGUCAAAUAUUUCUGAAAAUCAGAGAUUUAAAACUGGAGGAGAAAGUGGUAAGUGGCAUCCAUUUGAAGGGUCCUUCUCUGAGCAAUCGACCUUAAACCAUAAUCACAGCAUUUUGAAUGAAAACAGAAUUGCUCAUUGCAGUGGUUCUGAGACAAUAUUUAACCAGGGUUCAAAUGUUACAAAACAUCUAAGGACAUGUUUGUCCCAGAACCAUUAUGAAUUGAAUAAAUGUAGAGAAGUGUUUCAUGAAAGCUCCAACCUUCUUAUACAUAAGAGGAUACAUUUGGAAGAAAAUCCUUCAAAACAUAAUGAUUGUGGGAAAAUUCCUAACCAGUCCUCUAAUGAUCAUGAUCACCAGAAGAUUCAUGUGGGAAAAAAACCAUCUACAUGCAGUGAACUUGGGAACAUGCUUAGUGAGUCAUCAAGGGUAAAUAUAAAUAAGAAAAUGCAGAGUGGACAGAAAGAAUACAUUGGUAAGGAAUGUGACAGAGCCCUCAACUGGCACUCAACACAACUUCAACAUCAGCGAGUGCAUACUGGAGACAAACCUUACAAAUGUGAAGAAUGUAGUAAAACCUUUAAUUAUGGCUCAUCAGUAAAUGGACAUAAACUAAUCAGUACUAGCGAGGAACCUUACCAAUGUAAAGAAUGUGGCAAGGCCUUUAAAUAGCCCAAAGCUCUUAAACAACAUCACAGAAUCCAUAGUGGAGAGAAACCUUACCAAUGAAAAGAAUGUGGCAAGGCCUUUAAAUUGCCCUCAGCUCUUAAUCGACAUCACAGAAUCCAUACUGGAGAGAAACCUUACAAGUGUAAAGAAUGUGGCAAGGCCUUUAACUGGUCCUCAGACCUUAAUCAACAUAACAGAAUCCAUACUGGAGAGAAACCUUACCAAUGUAAAGAAUGUGGCAAGGCCUUUACACAUCGCUCAUCCCAGAUUCAACAUAACAGAAUCCAUACCAGAGGAAAGUUAUCUGUAAUGAAUGUGGCAAGGCCUUUACCCACAACGCAGAUAUUACCAAACAUCACAAAAUCCAUACUGGAGCAAAACCUCACCAAAGUAAAGAAUGUAGCAAGCCCUUUAAGAACUGCUCAGCUCUGAAUCAACAUCACAGAAUCCAUACUGGAGAGAAACCUUACAAGAGUAAAGAAUAUGGGAAGGCCUUUAACUGGCCCUCAGCCCUUAAUCAACAUAACAUAAUCCAUACUGGAGAGAAACCUUACCAAUGUAGAGAAUGUGGAAAGACCUUUACCCAGCACUCAAAUCUAUCUGCACAUCAGAAAAUUCAUCUUGGAGAGAAACCUUACCAAUGUAAGGAAUCGUGGCAAGGCCUUUACGUACCGCUCAUACCUUAUUCAACA